GCAAGGGAAGGGACGUGCCGCUCCGCUCAACUGGCAGUCACAUGUUAUUUCCGGGUCGUGUCUUUUUACUAUUUACUCAAGAAGUACUAUUAGUAGCCGCCCACCUCUGCGAGUACUUGCCGACGCAAAAAAGACUGCAGUGAGUGUUGUGUUCCUCCAGACGAUCCCGUCAUCACAAAUGUUUGCGAAAUGGAAAUCACUCGCAACGGAUACCAGAACUAGAGACAGCCGUUCUCCCAGUCAUGGUGGUGGAUAAGAACCCCGCCAGUGAGAGAGAGAGGAAGAGCGAGUGAGAAAGCAAAAUCCAGUGAAACACCCGACUUCCAAAAUCAUCAGGGAAUGACAACGCCGAAGUUCCUUUAUGUGAUUUGAUUUUUUUUUGGCCAUUUAUUUAUUUUUUUUAUUUUCUCUUUUGGUUCGUCGAGUCCGUUCCAUUCGGGGCCGCCAUAAAUUUAAUUCAUCGAGAGUAUGAAUGGAUUCAUUGAUGGGAAAGGGCGGAAAAGGUGCCGGGGACGACUCUGUAUAUUUUUCGUGAGUUGAAAUUGGACCCAGACAGGAAAGGCCGAGUGUUUGAAGAGUUGGUAUGAAAGUAGAUGGAGUGGGAGGAGUACCUACUCCCGAGGACCCUCAACGGAGCAAAACAAAAGGAGUUAAGUAGGACAUUAGGGAGGCUAAAGUCGUUGACAUAACAAGGCCAUCUCCAGGUCAUCCCUGAAGUGGCACUACAGGACUCCCUAGGAGGCGUAAAUGAAGGCGUGCUGAAUGUAUCCUUUAACGGACAGGUAGAUUAAGGAGAGGACGAUACAAUAAAACAAUUCUCGGGUCAAGCACUUCUUUCGUUCCGGUUCAUUGAUUCAGGUGUGAAGGAAUUUUACCGUAACUGAAAAGUGCCCUUUUUGAGUGCCACCAACGAUCGAUUUGAUGAAAACGGUUCAACAGAACACAAGACGAAGCAACUUCACAUUUCAAAAGUGUAUGGAAAAGGGAUCUUGCACACAGACACUUCUGUAUGAAUUAUUGGAUAAUGGAACAUGAAAUGAACUAAGUGUUGAGUAUUCAAAAAGAAGGGAAAAAGUCAUUAGUGCAGUUCAUAAAUCUAAAUCAAUCAAACAAUUACUACACAUUUAUAAACGUCAGGAACAAGUUCAAAUAAAGACCUACAGUCCCCAUUCACCCACCACCCUAAUAACAGUUCAGUAGGGAAAGCACAAACGGGACAAAAACGGGACAUCAGUCAGUUUUCAAAUUUCUCUGAUAUAUAGCUAUACUUCCCACAAAAUCACUUUUCAUCACAAUCUCUGACUCACAUAUGUAUACUUAGAAAGGAGCAGAUUCAGUCCUAAAAAAGCAAGUAAAAAAUAAAUAAACAAAAGGGAAACACGGAAGCAGGCAAGUGAACUUGAAUUUCGUCAAUAAUUUCCAUUCCGCGAUUCAUUUUUCUUCCCCAUCACCAUUGCUGACGAAAAGGGAAGACCAUGUGGUGGUGGUGGUGGCUCUGGCAAGCUGGGGGGGCCCUGAGGUGGGGCCACAGAACCGGUGGCAUCAGGUCUGCUCGUCGAAUGCUUCUGUUGCUUAUACACCUCGUCGUUCUCUGGGUCGAUACGGUCUCAGGAGUCGUCAUGGUCCCCGAAUCCCUGCAAGUGGCGGUGACGAAGGUCACGGGAGACGGAGCCGUGCUGACCUGGGUCACGGCCUCGGGUCCUCGCGAACUGAUGACCUCGUGUUCCCUGCACUACGGCCCCAUGACGGAGGAGAUGCACGUGCAGACGGAAGUCCAAGCGAAGGAGAACCACAUCAGUUUGGCCAACCUGGUGCCUAAUACCACCUACUACGCCUUCCUCAAGUGCAGCCACGGGGCCACCACUUACGGCUCCAAUACCGUCCACUUUACGCCACAUGGAGAUCCAGCGGUGGCUUUGGAGGUGCGACCGCCUCCUCCCAUAGAGUUCUCGUCCCCCUGGGACUUGGCAGGGAAAAAUGACGACGGGAAGGGGGUUCAGUCGACCUCCGGGGAUGACGGCAUUGUGGUCAUGAUGAGCCAGCGACACAUGAACGCGCCUCGUCGGGACCCACACAGCGCGGUGCCGUCAACCAGCGUCAUAUUAGGGGCUGUUUGCGGCGUCGUCGGCUUCAUCAUAAUCAACGUGACGGUGGUGAUCGCCGUCAGGCAGUACUCCCACAGAAGGGCCCGCAGACGGCGUCUCCUCGAAUUACAGCUGGAGCAGCACGGAGGGUACUUGUACAACUUCGAGGAGCUGAUGGCUGACUACAACCAACAGAUUCACGCUGGGAAUUCUUAGAGAGAGACAGACGCUCGUGAAACGGCCCAAACAAAAGAAGGGGAAAGUUUGUACUCACAAAGGACCUUAGUCAGACAGUCUCGUUGUAUGGUGUUCUCGUGAGAUGCGAUUUUUUUUACUAAACAAAAUAAUGAAGACAGAGAUGACGAUCUCCUCCUCCUCCAAGGGAGAGGGGGAUUUUUUUUACUAAACAAAAUAAUGAAGACAGAGAUGACGAUCUCCUCCUCCUCCAAGGGGGGGAGAGAGGGGGACAUCGCAACAAUGGACGAGACGCGUAGCUACAGUUUUCUUGAAUGGUGUCCCGACAAAGAACACAAGAAUGCCUUGGAGAGGAACAAUGUAAUAUAGAAGAAUAAGAGAAAUAGGUUUGAUCUGAGCUUUUUUUUUUUUUAUUGUUAAAUGACGCUCGCAAGAAAUAAAGAAAACGUCGUUAGUUGGAAAAUAGAAGUUUAUUUUUUUUUUUUGUAAAUGCUGAAACUUUUUUAUCGUUUUAAAGGGAAGUACAGAAAAUGUGUAUUUUUUUUAUCGUGCAAUAAAGGACCAUGCCUCUUUCUUUGAAGUCCAAAGGAACACAAACUUCUCUUCUCAGAAAAUAAAAAGAACCGAUUCGCAACCUAUUCGCCAAGGAGGACGGAAACGUACUGAUGUCUUGGCCACGGAGAAACGUCGACCGAUGAUCGCCAGAAUGUUUUGUCACGUUUAUGGCUGAUGAAUCAACGUACCAUAUAAAUAUAUAUAUAUAUAUA